AGAUGUACAUGCAUGCGCGUCGCCGCGACGCUUUGAUUCUGUGUGAAGUUGAGCGCGCGCACAUCCACCUUCACUACGCACAAAGCGCUUCUGCUCAGGUUACUGUAAAUGAGACGUCCAGUCUUACUAUUUUCUACUGAAUGGACUAAAUUGCCAACAGGACCAGAAGCCAUAAUAUGAAGAAACGCUACAUGGAUAUAGGCAGGCUACGGAAAAUGAAAAAGAUCAAACUCACAGAGAAGAUUUCCGAAAGCGCUUACUCUGUUCUGAAGUUGAUGAUUGUCUGGAUGCUUGUGCUGUUUGCUGACUUUAUCUUGGAGUUCAGACUGGAAUACCUUUGGCCCUGUUGGCUCUUUUUAGGGACCGUCUACACCACGUUCCAUUGUCAUGGGCUGGCCAUCUGUGUGGUUUUUGUGUGUGCAGCGUUUACUCUGGACCUAUUCUGUUUAGUUUUUGUACCCCUACACUGGCUGUUCUUUGCAGCCAGCACAUAUGUUUUACUCAACUAUAUGUGGCAUACAGAAAAGGGAAUCUGUAUGUCAACUGUGACAUUAUGGAUACUCUUAGUGUAUAUGGAGGCCUCUCUACGGCUGCGGGACCUGAAGAGUCCCUAUGCAAAUCUGUCCCAUCUAUUUGCUGCACACUGCAUUGGUUAUCCGCUAGUGUAUAUGGGAUUUGAUGCAACAUGCUACUUCUCCAGUAUGUUUAAGCUGCGCACUCAGAAAUCCAUUCCGAGUGAAAACGACCUCAACGUGGAUCUCUUGCAACAAUCCCUACCUCCAUAUAUGCACCUGUACCCAAAAUUGUGGAUGGAAGAUCCCAAGUUCAAGAUGACCAAAUCCAAGCCAACGCAAUACCAGUGUCCAAACGAUAACAUCACAUCAGAUGACAAGCAAAACAUGGAAGACUGUCUGCAAAUCCACAGACUUCCUGGAAGACCUGAAAAAGACACAAAUCCAGGGCCAAAGCAUCGUGGAGGUGAACUUCACGUGGACUCUACGUCCAUGCUGGAGAUCUCUGAAAACCUACCUCAGGAGGAUCAGAGCAGUAAAGCUCCUAGACCUUCCAAGAGCUCCCUGCCCAAAGUGCAUCGAGGUUCACUAAACCUCCCUAAUAGCAAAGGGGAGAAAAGGCAGAAAGCCCCCAAAGCCAUCAACUCUUCAGGGGACGCUGCAGCGGAAAGGUGCUCAACAAACAUCCCAAGUCCUCCGAACCCACACGCUGACCAGAUAUUGAAGCUGGAACAAGAGAUGAGGAGAAUGAAGACUGAACUGCAAGCGAGCAGACUGAGCGAGCAAGAACUGCGCAGUCACAUUUGUAAUCUCACCAACAGUGAACACAGUCUGCGGCCAGAAGUCUCUCUGCUCAGACAUGCAAAUGAACUUUUGCAGAACAAGAUUCAGUGUCUGACAAAAUCCCGACAGAAGGACAAACAAAACUGUUCCCUGCUGGAGAAGAAAAUCAGAAUGGAAACAGAGACUCGGCUUUCAGUAGAAAAACAACUUGUGGAAGUCAGAGGCCAAAAAUUUGACGAAGCGUCUAUUUUGCUUCGAAAUGCCUCACACAGGCAAGAACACAGUGAAACUCAAAUGCUAAAGAAAAAAGCUAAAGAUCUUGAUGCAGAGUAUAGACAAGUACAGCUGGAAUACCAGGAGAAAGAGAACCGGUUGAUAACUUUAGAAAAUGAAGUGGAGAGUCUCCAAAGGAACCGAUGCACAGAGCAGGAGGCAGAUGCUCUGCUCUCAGCUCUCUCCUCCUUGCAGGACAAGGCACAGCAUUUAGAGUACAACCUGAGUGCAGAAACCCGUCUCAAACUAGACCUCUUCUCUGCACUCGGAGAUGCCCGCAGACAGCUGGAGAUAGCCCAAGUUAAAAUUGUAAAACAAGACCAUGAAGCAAGAGAAAUGAAGCAGAAGCUUGCAGAAGCAAUGGCCGUGGCUCCAGGUAUGUCGUACAUGACCCCGAGGUCAUCUAUGCCCCAGUACCUCAAGAUCUUCAACUCAGAGCGCUACAUGCUGAAUCCCAGAACUCUCAUGUACCAGUGUCUCAAAAAAUAGGAGCAGCGAGGACAAAUCGGAUUACUUAUGAAGGAUUUUUUUGGACACCUCUUCCACAUUCCGAACUUGAGGGCGUGUUAAAGCUACAAUAUUUGCCUGAAACCUUUGCCUUGCGACAAAGUCCCUGGCGAGUCUACGGCUGUGUGUACUGAUUUAAGGAAGAGACAUAGAGGUCAUUAAUAGGUGACCUUGCUCUGAGCCAAUGGUUCAAGAUGACUGUAAAUGAAAGUUGACUGUAAAUAAAUAGUUGUCCAGCGGAAGACCAUCACAUGCUGAACGAGCCGCUGCAAGCUUCGUAAACAGCGAGAUAUCAGUAUGAAAAAAAUACGUACUACGUGACACGAGAACUGAACUGUACCGCAGGACCACAGUUCAUAAUGAGGUCAUUCUGUGCCUCAAUAUUUAUGUGAAUUCAAUUUAUAUAACAAGCCAAUAUCAAAUGUAAGUCAGUUUGUGAAUAUUUGAGUGCUUUGUACCGUUUUGUAUUCUUUUUACACUACACACAUGAUAAAGGAAGUGAACAACACCCCAAAAAAACGUUUGUAGGUUUUCAUGUUUCUGAAAAUGUUGCCUUUUUUAACGUAUCAAUGGGAUGUUUUUUAUGAGAAGUUUAUUUUUCUGCCUCAACAAUUUUUGUUUUUUAAACCAAAACGGUUUAAUUUUGUAAUUCUACUUGUUGGUCUGCAUGCCAAUUUAUGUAAAAUGAUCGUUUUGGACUAAAGGUUUGAUGUCUACUCGUGCAUUUGUGCAAGGGCUGUUUACUUCCAUUGAUUUUGGGAGAA